AUGGAAGCAGGGUUGACGAGGAAGACCAAGGCCAAGGAGACGACUCUUUUCUACUGCAAGGCAUGUGGAUCCCUCUGGAAGCAGCAUCGUGACGGCGCUUUGGGGGUUGCAGGCACAGUUUCCGAACCGGUGCUGUUGAACGAGGAAACUGGUCAGAGAAUCACCAAUUGCCCUCACCACCCCAGAUACCAUGCAGUCAAGGAGAUGAAUGAGGAGGAUCGGCUGUGGCUCUCACUGUUGACGGGUCGGUCCAAGAACAAGUUUGCGCUGGACAUGCUGAAGAACUGCGGGAUUGUGGAUGCGACUGGACGGCCGAUCUCUGCUCUUGACAGGAUGAACAUGGAGACGCAGCAGCCGUUUGACUCUGCUAUGGAUCUUGAUAUCGGAGACAGUGAAUGGCCUCAGCCUGACAGCAUCAAUGUUGGCACCGACGUCGACCCCAACUCUACACUUGCGCUCACACCUGCUCAGAGGACCAAGGCUGAGCAACUGACGGAGGCGUUCCAGAAGAUGGAGGUGUACAAGUGUCGGAGGUCUGAGAUUGAUUGGGUUUUGUCUGUGAUGGAUGAGCUCAAAUUGAAGACUUUGUCGCUUGAUGGGGGGGCCGGUGCAGGCACUGGAGGAUCCCGCAGUGGGCUGAGGGAAAGGGACCAAGAGCAGGAGCGGUUACUGAAUAACCCAGGGCAGGACAGAGUGCCCGAGUCGAUGGCCCAACGUGCAGUGGUGGGUGGACUCUUGGUUCAGGCGACCAAGGCCUUUUUGGGAAGCAUCCUGUCCAAGGCGGUCAAGAUUCAUCGUGCCGAGGCUGAGGCUGAGAGGGGGCCCGAGUCGAUCAUGAUGGAGCUGGACUCGUUGAAUGCCUCUGAUGAUGAGACGGAGGUGGAGAAGGCAGGGGGGUCCGGGUCGAGUGGCAAAAAGGUAUCUGAUAAGCUGCUGGUACCGCAUCAUCUGUACCAGGCCAUUCAGGAUAACCCCGAGGAGUUGGAUUUCUUGACCAACCAGUAUGAGGAUAUGGAGGGGAUGGGCGAGAUGAUGGUUGGACUGUAA